AGCCGAUCUCCAAGAGGGCGUGGCUCCAGGAUGCUGGCAAAUAAAAAUCCGGAGAGCCCGCACCGUCUGGAGACCAGCAGUAGGCGCGAGGACCCACUCAGCAAGCCAUCACUCGGUUCCUGGGCCUUGGAAGUGAUGCCCAUGGCGUCCCCCCAAACCCUGCUCCUCUGGCUGCUGGUCCUGGCAGUCACUGAAGGCCAGGGUCGGCAGGUGGCCAUCCCAGGCUGCCACUUGCACCCCUUCAACGUGACGGUGCGAAGUGACCGCCAAGGCACCUGCCAGGGCUCCCAUGUGGCACAGGCUUGUGUGGGCCACUGCGAGUCCAGUGCGUUUCCUUCCCGCUACUCCGUGCUGGUGGCCAGUGGCUACCGACACAACAUCACCUCCGUCUCCCAGUGCUGCACCAUCAGCAGCCUGAGCAAGGUGAAGGUGCAGCUGCAGUGUGGGGGGAACCGGAGGGAAGAGCUGGAGAUCUUCACGGCCAGGGCCUGCCAGUGUGACAUGUGUCGCCUCUCGCGCUACUAGCCCAUCCUUUCCCUCCUCCAUUCCCUUGGUCAGAGGGUUUGAGUUGGAGUAUAUCCUGUCUAUCCCAAGCCUUACUGUGGACAACAGCUCCAACCUUCUUAAGAUUCUGUGACUGUCACCUCCUGAGAAGAGGGGAGUUCCUGCCUCCGCCUGGCCUCCUAAGCAGCCUUUCAUCAUUUCCCUUCCCUCUCUGUCCCUAGCCCUAAAUAAAGCAAGCAGUGCUCGA